AUGGUUUCCCAAAGAAUUUUGGCGCUGGUCUAUAUUUUGACCUUACUUUUAUUACUUCCGAAUCAAUCUCUAUCUUCCCCAACCCUUGACAAAAGAACUAACGAAGGCAAAGAAAGAGUUUAUAAUCUUACUAUUACUAAAGGCCCUUGUUCUCCUGAUGGCUUUAAACGCGAUAUAUUUCUCAUAAAUGGCCAAUUCCCUGGUCCUCUUAUUGAAGCUGAUAGAGAAGAUACCAUAGUUCUCAAUGUUAAAAAUGAAUUAUGUGAAGAUACUUCUAUUCAUUCUCAUGGAAUCUUUCAACGCGGUACUCCUUGGUUUGAUGGUGUUCCUGGUCAAUCUCAAUGUGGUAUUCCACCUAAUGAAACUUUCACUUAUAAAUAUAAAGUUUGUCAAACUCAAUAUAUUGAAGGUCUUGUCGGUCCCCUUAUAGUUCAUGAACCUAAUGAUCCUUACCGUAAAGAAUAUGAUGAAGAAAUUAUCGUAUUAUUACAAGAUUGGUAUCAUGAUGAUUCCAAAAAAUUAUUAGCUACUUUCUUAUCUCCUGAAAGUGAAGGAAAUGAACCUUCUCCAGAUAAUGGAUUGAUUAAUGGAAAAAAUCAUUAUAAUUGUUCUUGGGCUCCAAAAGGUAGUGAUUGCGUUGAUGGUGCUCCAUUGGCACAGUUCAAAUUCGUUCAUGGAAAAAAAUAUAGAAUUAGAAUUAUUAAUACCAGUGCCUUUUCCGCUUUUAUUUUCUCAAUCGAUGAGCAUCCUUUGGAUGUAAUUGAAGUUGAAGGAACGAUAACCAAACGUCAUACUGUCCAUCGCCUCCCUAUUAACGUAGCUCAACGUUAUUCGGUUAUAGUGACUGCUGAUAAACCUAAAAAAAAAUAUUGGAUGCGUUCGGAAAUGGAAAUCGGUUGUUUCCCAAAACAACCUGAUAAUCUCGAUCCUUUAAUAAAAGCUGUUGUUUCUUAUGAGGAUUGUGAUGAUGAAAAAUGGCCUUCUACUACUGCUUGGACUGACAAAGUUGAGGAAUGUGUAGAUUUGGAUACUAAAGAUUUAAAACCUUAUAAACCUAAAAAAAUCCCUGAUUGUACUCGUAAAAUUGAAAUGGUUGUUGAAUUCAAACCUGAUGAAGCAAAUGUUACCAGAGGAUUCAUAAAUAAUGCUACUUAUAAAAUUGAUAUGAAAUAUCCUACUAUUAAUAAAGUUUAUGAUGGUAAAACAGAAUUUGCUGCUGAUCAACACGGUCACGUAUUCUGGGUACUUGGUACCGGUGGAAAUGGAACUACUCCAGAUUAUAACAGUCUAAAUACCAUUGACCCGAUAGAACGUGAUACUACAACUAUUCCUGCUGGCGGAUGGACCAUUCUCCGAUUUGUAGCAGAUAAUCCUGGUGUAUGGGGAUUCCACUGUCACAUUGAGGUAAUUUCAUAA